UACGCAGUGACGUAACCAUUGACAGCCAACCAGCGCGACUCCAGCGUCGCAGUGUUACCGUUGACGCCGCACAUUAACCAUGGCGCUGCUCUGCAGAUCCACAGGGUUACUUCUCAAACACAGUAAACUGCUGCCGUCUGCAUUAGCAGCAACAAGGCAAUGCAGUUCAGGUGGCCAGUAUCAGUACAUACUAGUUGACAAAAAGGGUGAAAAGAAGAAUGUUGGCUUCAUCCAACUGAACAGACCAAAGGCUCUGAAUGCUCUUUGUGAUGGGCUUAUGAUGGAGGUGGGCAAAGUCCUUGAUGCAUUCGAGGCUGACAGCGAAGUGGGAGCAAUUAUCAUCACAGGAAGCGAAAAAGCCUUCGCGGCUGGAGCUGAUAUUAAAGAGAUGCAGAAUCGAACUUUUCAAGAGUGCUAUGGUGGAAACUUCUUGGCACAUUGGAACAGGGUAUCAACAGUUAAAAAGCCUGUUAUAGCAGCUGUCAAUGGGUUUGCGGUAGGUAAAAUAUUUAAAUUUACAUUUGUGUGCGACUGUGAUGUAUAUCAUCAGAAAGCACAGUUUGGACAGCCAGAAAUCCUGCUUGGGACCAUUCCUGGUGCUGGUGGCACUCAGAGGCUUACAAGAGCAGUGGGAAAAUCCCUUGCAAUGGAGUUGGUUCUCACAGGAGACCGAAUCUCAGCUCAGGAGGCAAAACAGUCUGGUCUGGUAAGUAAAGUGUUUCCUGUGGAUCAGCUGGUUUCAGAAGCGAUCAAAUGUGGAGAGAAAAUAGCUGGCAAUUCCAAACUUGUCUCAGCCAUGGCAAAGGAAGCUGUCAAUGCAGCAUUUGAACUGACUUUAGCUGAGGGCAAUCGACUUGAGAAAAGAUUGUUCCAUGCAACCUUUGCGACGGAGGACAGAAAGGAGGGCAUGACUGCUUUUGUCGAGAAGCGAAAGGCUGCUUUCCAGGACAAGUAAAAUUCCAGUGGAAAAUAUGGUGAUUUUUAAACCAUGUGAUCAAUUGCUGUUAUUAAAAUACUCUACUUUUCCUU